GGAAGAAUGGGAUGCCCCCAACGGACGCAGGGAACUGUAGUCCAUUUAGAUGCUGGCUCUUGGAGGGGCGGGGAAGAGCCGGGUCGCUCUCGUCAGCUGAGGAGAAUGAUUCAUAGAGGAGGGUCAGGAGAGAAGAACAGUUCUGUUUGCAAGAGCCCACUUAAGAGGCUGGUGUCUUCUCCGAGGGAGGAAGAGGCAGGAGAGUAAACGAGGCCUCGGACCUGACCCCGCCUCAGGCCGCUCGUCAGGCCUCUAUCGAGUUCUGGGCCUUGACGGGGGCGGCCGUGAGGCGCCGGUUGCUGGGGGACCGUGACGUCGCGGGGUGAAAGUUGAGGAGCGGUGACGUCGGCCCUGCCCGGGCGGAGGCUGGCGGGUUGGAGGCAGGAGGGAGGGAGGGAAGGAGGGAAGGAAGGAAGCUGGGAACGAGCGAGCGAGCGGGGGCGCGAGGCGUUUACCUGGAGGCAGCGGCUUGGGCGCGCAGAGCGGCCGCGGCUCCCCCGCACCUGCGGCCAUGGAUGAGGAGCGCGCCCUCUACAUCGUCCGGGCCGGCGAGGCGGGGGCUAUCGAGCGGGUCCUGAGGGAUUACAGCGAUAAGCAUAGGGCUACUUUCAAAUUUGAAUCAACAGAUGAAGAUAAAAGAAAGAAACUCUGUGAAGGCAUAUUUAAAGUCCUUGUAAAGGACAUCCCAGCAACAUGUCAAGUGUCCUGCCUGGAAGUUCUCCGUAUUCUCUCCAGAGACAAAAAGGUUUUAGUUCCUGUAACAACCAAGGAAAAUAUGCAGAUACUGCUGCGAUUAGCCAAGUUAAAUGAGUCGGAUGAUUCUUUGGAGAAGGUGUCAGAGUUCCCAGUUAUUGUGGAGUCAUUAAAAUGUCUGUGUAACAUAGUGUUCAACAGUCAGAUGGCACAGCAGCUCAGCCUGGAACUUAACCUUGCUGCAAAGCUCUGUAACCUCCUGAGAAAGUGCAAGGACCGAAAGUUUAUCAAUGACAUUAAGUGCUUUGAUUUGCGCUUGCUCUUCCUCCUGUCACUUUUGCACACCGACAUCAGGUCACAGUUGCGCUAUGAGCUCCAGGGACUACCGCUGCUAACCCAGAUCUUGGAAAGUGCCUUUAGCAUCAAGUGGACCGAUGAAUAUGAAUCGGCCAUAGACCAUAAUGGACCUCCUCUCUCACCUCAGGAGACAGACUGUGCCAUUGAGGCCCUCAAAGCUCUCUUCAAUGUGACGGUAGACAGUUGGAAGGUGCAUAAAGAGAGUGAUUCUCAUCAGUUCCGUGUCAUGGCAGCUGUCCUUCGCCAUUGUUUACUAAUCGUAGGUCCAACUGAAGACAAAACAGAAGAGCUGCACAGCAAUGCAGUCAACCUUUUAAGCAAUGUUCCGGUCUCUUGUUUGGAUGUUCUCAUUUGUCCAUUAACCCAUGAAGAAACAGCCCAAGAGGCAACGACACUAGAUGAACUGCCCAGUGAUAAAACAGCUGAGAAAGAAACUGUUUUGAAAAACAAUACCAUGGUAUACAAUGGUAUGAAUAUGGAAGCCAUUCAUGUUUUACUCAAUUUUAUGGAGAAGAGAAUAGACAAGGGAAGCAGCUAUAGAGAAGGUCUAACUCCAGUUCUCAGCUUAUUAACAGAAUGUUCCCGAGCCCAUCGAAACAUCAGAAAAUUUCUCAAAGAUCAGGUUUUACCACCAUUGAGGGAUGUGACAAAUCGACCUGAAGUUGGCUCAACUGUGAGAAAUAAGCUGGUGCGCCUCAUGACACAUGUUGACCUUGGAGUCAAGCAAAUUGCUGCUGAAUUCCUUUUUGUCCUUUGCAAAGAGAGAGUGGAUAGCCUGCUGAAAUACACUGGCUAUGGGAAUGCUGCAGGACUCUUGGCGGCCAGGGGCCUCUUGGCUGGAGGAAGAGGAGAUAAUUGGUACUCAGAGGACGAGGACACAGACACUGAAGAAUACAAAAAUGCAAAACCAAACAUUAAUCUUAUCACUGGUCAUUUAGAGGAACCAAUGCCAAACCCCAUAGAUGAAAUGACAGAAGAACAAAAAGAAUAUGAAGCCAUGAAACUUGUCAACAUGCUUGAUAAACUUUCCAGAGAGGAGUUGCUUAAACCAAUGGGACUAAAACCUGAUGGGACAAUAACGCCUUUGGAGGAAGCACUCAACCAGUACUCUGUCAUCGAAGAGACCAGCUCUGACACAGACUAAAAGCGUCACCUGCCCAACUCUCAAUAUUGCUUUUAUCAGCAUCUUUUCUCUGUAGCUCCAGGGGAGUCUUUUCUCUAAAACAUUUAUGCCCUUGCUUUGGCUAGAAACACAUUAACUGGUUUACUCGUUGAGAAUCCAGCAUAUUUAAGAGGUGACCCUGUGUUUUUGCGAUACCGAGGCAUUCGUCCAGAGCUGCAGUUAGAUGGAGUGGCAGGAGCUAACCACAGGAAAAGAGGAAUUCCAUUUCACCAGGAUGGAACUGAAGGACUCCAGCCUAUAAAGCAGCCCUGGUUGUAUCUGGCCGUUCUGUUUGCCAAGGUUCUUAGAAGAUUUAGUCGUGGCCUUCCUCUCGCUUGUGAAAGCUGCCCCUUCUGAAUCUCUCCAGCAGACGGAGGCACAUGAGAAGCAGAAUGAGCCGCUAAAUAAGGGCUGAGGCAAGUGACUUGUUAGAUCAGGACUGACUACAUGGAAGCCAAGCAGCUGCUCCAUAAACCUAGUCCCACUCUCCAUUUCAAUUUUGUACAACUACGUGGAAAUGCACACACAAACACGCACACAGCCCCAGGCUUGCAAACUGAUUACGUUCUAAAAGUUUGUAGGUCCCUUAUUGAGAACUUCAGAAUACAUUUCUCCCUAUAAAGGGUUAUAAAUGAUGGUUUAGUUCUGAGGCAGCUACAGAUGCCUAUUUAUUCUCUUACGUACCUUAACACUAGUACCAUGGAGCUGAACCCCCAUCUGUAUCACUGCGUGGGAGCAUGCAUUCUGAGGUCUAACCCGGGGUGCCAGGAACACACGUCCUCCAACCCAGCUGAGGGGAUGGGGACUCCCGGAGUGCUGGGAGUUCUCUCGAGGCCUCUGCUGGGGGCGGAGGGGGUCAGCAGCACCCGUUUGUACAUAAAGGUCAUUCAUAGGUCACAGGUUGUACAUUGGGGACUGUGUGUGCGCUUGUGUGUGUGUUCGACCUUUCUACCAUAUGUGAUCAGUUUAAUGGUAACUUUAUUUAUUUAAAAAAAAAAGAAACACAAAUAGUUACUGUUAAACUGAUUAAGGCUGUUUAUUUUUACUUUUAGAAUUGGUCAUAUGAAGAAGUAGAGUAUGAAUCCUGCAGUAGACAGUGGGCCUAGUUAAUCAGUGGCUAAAGCUGAAAGGGGUUGGUUUCCUUGUAUAUAUGGAUGCACGUAUGUAUGCACAUGUGCCUACGUGCAUCCAUAUAUACACAUAAUGUGCUUAACCACUGCCUUUUAAAACUUUAAAUUAAAUAAAACAUUGGGGUUGAUUCAA